UAACAUAUAACUAAGCUCUAGUCUUCUCUCUCCUCAAACCCAGGGUUUCGUCUUUGACCGCCCCUCCCCUCCCCCGUUCCCCUCUCUCUCUCUCUCUCUCUACAAAUCUCACUCCCUCUCUCACCACCUCGCAUUCUAUAGACAUAUUUUCUUCUUCACAGGAGAUGUUAUUUUCUAGAGGACUUUCUCGGUUUUCGAGAACCAGCUUGAGCCGCUGCCGAUGGCUUCUCUCAUUUCCUCGUGAUCAGCAAUUGGUCCAUUCCAAUAACUUCCACUCUCGGAUACAUUCCACCGGAAAGGUUUUGGGUUGCAGAGAAACUUAUUCAUGGGAUUCACGUGCCUUUCAUGGUGUUGGGCAUCAAAUUUAUAACCAGAGUAGCGCCAUUGACGAGGAGCAUCUGGACCCAUUUUCCCUUGUUGCCGAUGAACUAUCAAUUCUUGCCAAUAGAUUGCGGGCAAUGGUAGUUGCUGAGGUCCCAAAACUUGCUUCAGCUGCCGAGUACUUCUUCAAGAUGGGGGUGGAAGGGAAGAGGUUUCGACCUACGGUUCUAUUGUUGAUGGCAACAGCUUUGAAUGUACAUAUUCCUGGGCCAGCUCCUGAUGGGGUUGUUGACACUUUAUCAACAGAAUUACGUACAAGGCAGCAGUGUAUUGCUGAGAUUACAGAGAUGAUCCAUGUGGCUAGCCUUCUUCAUGAUGAUGUAUUGGAUGAUGCAGAUACAAGACGCGGCAUUGGUUCACUAAACGCUGUCAUGGGGAAUAAGUUAUCCGUAUUGGCUGGAGAUUUCCUGCUUUCUAGAGCUUGUGUGGCACUUGCAUCUUUAAAGAACACAGAGGUUGUAUCAUUACUAGCAACAGUUGUAGAGCAUCUUGUUACAGGUGAAACCAUGCAAAUGACUAGUACAUCUGCACAACGUUGUAGCAUGGAAUAUUAUUUGCAAAAGACAUAUUACAAGACUGCAUCAUUGAUUUCAAACAGCUGCAAAGCAAUUGCCCUUCUAGCUGGGCAAACUGCAGAAGUAUCAAUGUUGGCUUAUGAGUAUGGCAAAAAUCUGGGACUGGCAUUUCAAUUAAUAGACGAUGUUCUUGAUUUCACAGGCACAUCAGCUUCCCUUGGAAAGGGUUCUUUAUCUGACAUCCGCCAUGGAAUCGUAACGGCUCCGAUAUUAUUUGCCAUAGAGGAGUUCCCUCAGUUGCGUGCAAUUGUUGACCGGGGAUUUGACAGCCCAGCGGAUGUGGAUCUUGCUCUUGACUACCUUGGAAAGAGUCGUGGAAUACAGAGAACGAGAGAAUUGGCCACAAAGCACGCCAACCUUGCUUCAUCUGCAAUUGAUUCGCUUCCUGAGACCGAUGAUGAGGAUGUUCGAAAAUCAAGGCGCGCACUCGUAGAUCUUACUCACAGGGUCAUUAAGAGAACGAAGUGAAGAAGACAUCAGGAGUUUCCAAAGUGAUCAGAAGUGUAUGAAAGUUUUGUUCAAUUUUCUUAUAGUGUUACUUCUAAGGUGGCGAACAAUAUUCCACAUCUAAUUCAUUAAAUAUUCUUUUAAUUAUUACAAUUUUUGUCUUCAAAUAAUUAUUGUGAAAACAAACACUCAUAUUGUGGAGUAAUUGUAACCCUUGGUGACAUUUAGCAGAUGCAACACUUGGUGAUUGUUCAUUAAGGGGGAAAAAAAGAUGUAGCUGAAUGCAAGGAGCCAAUUAGUUAAGAUGCCUA